UCUGUGUUGGCUAACGUGUACACAAUCCGGCCAUUUCUCUUGCUUUAAUAAUGUUAGGACGUGGUUCUGCUGCAAUCAAUGUGUAUGCAAUGCAGCCAUUUCUCUCUUUCAGUAUUGGGGUUCUUCUGUAAAAGUGACUAGUCUUCAGGGGCAUUAAUGGUUAUAGAAAAAUACAAACAUGCCAAAGUCUCAGAGAGGGAGAGAGAGAGAGAGUGACUUAUGGCCUCUGUUAGUUCUGAUUGGCCGAACUAAUAGAAGAGGAAAAGAAAAUGGUUUUUAUUAUUGUUUUCACUUUAUUAUCUCUCUUCACUGACUGGCAUCAACGAGAACAUCACCACUCCCACUACCCCAUACUACCCAGCAACAGCAGCACCUGUAGAGAACAGAAGCAAAUCUCUAGAGAGAGAAAGAUAGAGAUUUACUAGAAAGUAUUAGAGAAGAGAGAUAGUAUAAAGGGGAAAAGACAGAGUCUCAAGCUUUUGUUCCAAUCCUCCUUUUGUAGAGGUUUUGAUUUGAUCUGGUCAGAGUAGAGUGAAAAGAAGAACCCAAAAGGUAAAUAGAAAAGGAGGUUCUUUAUUACUUUCUUCAAAGUUCCAGUCUUUGGAUGAGAAUUGAAGAAUAAGGAAGCAAUGGAAUCAGAUCUUCAACAGCAUCAUCAUAAACCCCAGCAGCAUAUGAACUCUAGCUUGAUGCGGUACCGAUCAGCUCCCAGCUCAUAUUUCGCAAAUUUGGACUCAGAUUUUUGUGAACCAUUGUUCAAUCGGCCUUCUAGCCCUGAAACUGAACGAAUUUUCGCCCGGUUUUUGACUGGUGAAGGUGGUGGUAAUGGUGAUGGGGGAGGAGGAGGAACAGAAGAAACUGCAUCACAUCACAAAGUGACAACACAGACCAAUAACCAGCAAACACAGUUUAUGGUGCCUAAGGUGGAUAAUGAAGCAGUAGUGAUUCAACAGCAGCAGCAGAGCCAUUUGAACAACUAUUCUUCUGUUUCUCAGGGCUUUUACCAAAGUCCAUCUUCAAAACCACCUUUGCCAAAUCAGAGUUUGAAUUCAGCUAAUGAAGGAGCUUAUUCAAUGGGGACAAGUCAGUUGCCUUCAGUGAAAACCGGUGGUGUCACUAAUUCGAAUCUUAUUCGGCAUAGUAGCUCGCCUGCUGGACUUUUCUCCCAUAUGAAUAUUGAUGGCUAUGCUGCAUUGAGAGGCAUGGGAAACUACGGAGCCAGUAAUAGCACUAAUGAAGAAGCAUCUUUUUCUUCUACAAGCAGGUUGAAAAAUUUCUCUUCAGGGCCACCAUCUACAUCAGGGCUAAUGAGUCCAAUUGCUGAAAUUGGGAACAAAAGAAUGCGAUCAGAUAAUCAAGAUUCUAGAGGUUUUGGUGAUGGCUCGGGUAACAAUUAUGUCACUGGUUUCCCAAUUGAUUCGUGGGAUGACUCUGCAAUGAUGUCUGGUGAUAUUACUCGCUCAACAAGCUUUAGGGAAGAUGAUAUCAAAGCAUUUACUGGUUUAAGCCCAUCAGAAACUCAGGAUGUGGAGGCUGGAAAUCGCCCUCCUACACUUCUGGCUCAUCAUUUGAGCUUGCCAAAAACAUCAGCAGAGAUGGCGGCCAUUGAAAAGUUUAUGCAGUUCCAAGAUUCUGUGCCUUGUAAGAUUCGAGCAAAGCGGGGUUGUGCCACACACCCAAGAAGCAUUGCUGAGAGGGUAAGAAGAACUCGAAUCAGUGAACGGAUGAGGAAACUACAAGAGCUUGUACCUAACAUGGACAAGCAAACAAACACUGCAGACAUGUUAGAUUUGGCUGUUGAGUACAUUAAAGACCUUCAAACCCAAGUCCAGACACUCUCAGACAAUCGUGCUAAGUGUACCUGUUCAAGCAAGCCGCAGUAAUAACACAAAAGUGUAGGAGAGACUUUGCUUAUUAUGUACAGGACCAUUAGAAGUUGGAAAAGAAGAUAGAAAGCUGUGCUGGGUCUCUUUUUAGCUGAAAAAUUGAUUGUAGGCUAUUUAUUUUGUGGAGGGAAAAAAAAAAAGGGUGCUAAAAAGUUGCUGUAAGAUCCAAACCCAUUGAUGACAUUAAUAGAAUGCAAGCUGUAUAGUGUAUUUUGUACUGGAUGUGACAUUACAUGUA